ACUUCAUCAUGGCCGACAAUCGACUUUAUGAAAUUCUUGGUGUUUCAAGAACAAGCUCAGAUGCCGAGAUAAAAAAGGCAUAUUACAAGCUAGCAAAAACAUAUCAUCCAGACAAGAACCCAGAGGCUGGAGACAAAUUCAAAGAAAUUAGUUCAGCAUUUGAAGUUUUGUCUGAUCCUGAGAAGAGGGAGGUUUAUGACAGAUAUGGAUUGGAUGGGCUGAAGGAAGGUGCUGGUGGAGCUGGGUUUCCCGGUGACAUAUUUGGUGAUCUGUUUGGUGGCUUGUUUGGUAUGUCAGGCUUCAGUGGUGGGCGGCGCCCCAGUAGACGUAAGGGUGAAGAUACCUUCCACCCUCUCAGAGUGUCAUUAGAAGAUCUGUACAAUGGAAAAACAUCAAAACUUCAACUACGGAAAACUGUUAUAUGCAAGAAAUGCCAGGGGAAUGGAGGCAAGCAGGGAGCUAAGAAGACUUGUGGAAGUUGUAAUGGUCGUGGUGUGACAGUCCGAAUGCGGCAGUUGGCGCCUGGAAUGGUACAACAGAUGCAGAGUGUUUGUCAACAGUGUCAUGGUGAAGGUGAAACAAUUAGUGAAAAGGACCGCUGUAAGGAAUGCAAGGGUGCCAAGGUGGUGCAGGAGACCAAGAUACUGGAGGUGCACGUCGAUAAGGGCAUGAAGGAUGGACAGCGAAUUCCAUUCCAUGGGGAGGGAGACCAGACGCCUGGUAUGGACCCUGGAGAUAUUGUGAUUGUUCUACAGCAGAAGGAACACGAGACCUUCACACGACGUGAUGCUGACUUGUACUGUACAUACAACCUAGGACUGACCGAAGCUCUCUGUGGCUUUGAGUUCGUGCUCAAACACUUAGAUGACAGGGACUUGAUCAUCAAAAACCCCGCUGGUCAAGUUAUAGAGCCAGGUUGUGUUAGGUGUGUGAUGAAGGAGGGUAUGCCUAGGUACAGGAAUCCAUUCAACAAAGGAAACCUUUAUGUAAAAUUCAACAUCGGAUUCCCACCAAGUAAUUUCGCUGAUGAAAAACAUCUUAAGGCUCUUGAGAAGCUGUUGCCUCCUCGACCAACCGUUGAAAUCCCCGAGGGAGAACACGUAGAAGAAGUUGACCUAAUGGACUACAGUCCAAGUUCAAAUGAUCGUGAAAGACGCGGUGAGGCCUACCACGAGGAUGACGACGAUGAUGAACAUGGUGGUCCACGGGUACAGUGUGCUCAUCAAUAGUCCUGAACUAUGCUACUGGAUAUUGGACUAUAGUAAUGGACUAUUCCACAAACAGUCUGUAUAUAAUCGUAGAACACCUACUUCAACUUGCAAAAAUGAUGCUUGCUGAGAAUUGUUUGGCUGGCAAGAUAAUGGUUCUGUUUUUUUGGGAUGACAUAUUGUGUUUUUUUGAAAGUCAGAACCCUAUAAAACCAGGAUGGGGUAGCAGAAAGCAUGAGGAACCCGAGAUAAUGUUGUCCUUGUAACUGAAAUUAUGAGUUUUGUAAAUUCAUCUUGGUUGUUAUUAAGGACAUUGAAGUCCGGUAAAUCUGUAUCACAGUGUUGCCAUUAACCUGUCAAAUUUGGUUGGUUGCAGCAAGAAUGGGACAUGAGUGCCAGGUGGGCAAAACUCCCACUAUUCCUUGAAAUCUGAAUUGGACUAUCUGAGAUCCUGUAAAAUAAAUCCGGUGGUCAUGGUGUGCCGUGGUGUGUAACCAAAAUAUUCAUGAAUUAAGAAGUUUAUUGGUUUAUGGUGUACAGUGUAAGCUAGAUUGACACGAUGACUCACAGGACCGGUGAUAGUUUACAUAGCUGAGAAGUGGUUUUUGACAGUUGAAUAGGAUCACAACGCCUUAUCGUUUGCUUCAUCCGAAAUUGCUGAAUAUGUUGUUGUGGUUUGUUUCUUUUCUGCCUAUUGCCUUUAUGAAAUAUUUCACUGGUCUAGUCAGGUUGGUAAUGCAUUAUCUUAAUUUAAAAGAAGCAUGCCCCUGAGUAGAAUGAACUACAAUUAAUGCUUUGUUAAGAGUUUAAAGUAGAAUUGUUCUUGAGUAGAAGGGUAUCAAAUGCACCUUCUUCUAGCAACAGCAGCAAUCAAAAUGUAAAUAUGGUGUACCGGGUAUUUUAUUUUCAUUUUGUUGAUGUUAUCGGUUUUGUGGAUGGUCUUUUGUUGUGUAAUCUUUCAGUCGAUGCUCUUUGGCUUGAAAUGUUCUAUGACACGCCAGAGAAAAUGCUUUUCUCACAGGUAUGAAAGUUGGCCAUCAGUCAGAAAAUUGUUACCCUUUUCCACUGUGGUUGUUUCCCAUUAGGUCAAAAAAUGACAAAACAGUGCAGAUUUUACAAUUUUGUUGUUUCCACACUGACAAAAUCCGCUUACUCCAGAAGUGAAAAGUCUUCUGUUUCCUUGCGUUGAGUUGCAUCUUGCAACCUCAAUUCCAGCUUAAUUUUAUCUUUCCAUUGUGAAUUAAUUCAGAGUGUUAUUUGUUUAAUUUGACAGAGUCUGAGUUUGAUGUCUCAAAGAUCAUAUGGAUUUCAUAUUUAUUGGAGUCCGACUAACUUUUUCUUAGCACCUGUGCUGAAUAAUUAUUGUGUUGAUUGAUUAAUUCGUAUCUUAUUUUCACUCGGGGCCUGAGCUUGGUCACCACAAACAUUUAGGCAUAAUCUAGCGAAUCAGCUUGUUGAAUUUCUGUGGCUAAUGCAUGUUCAAAUUGGCAGUGUUAACUACAGGUUUCGUGAACAAAAUAUCGGCACAGGUUUUGCUAAUUGGGUGGUGAGCACUUUGGAACCUCUUUCAAUGUUCAGGCUGGAUAGUUUAAUGUUCAGGUUGGAUAGUUUGAUUAGUUCAGAGUCCGCUUAAUUGGCCGAACUGGCCCACAGCAGAUGCCUCUGUUAGUUUUAUCAUAACUUUGAAGAACAAAAGUACGGUUAUUUUAUAUAGAAGAACCAUUUCAAUUUCUGUUAACUUGCUGUGUUCCUUGAUGUGUUGUGGUCAAAUUCGCAAAGUAAAUGGUUGCAAACAUCACCUGAUCCACAGUCGUACCCUGCAUGCCUCAUCAUCAUGUAAAUUUAUCCAUUUUAAUUGUUGACAGUGGCUGUAACAUUAACCUGCACCUAAUGUAUCCUGGUAUCUUAAUGAACAAAUUUUAAGUAUUUAGAACCAGAAAUGCAUGUGUUUAGUUUUCUUCUUGGCUCAUUGGCUGACAAGGGUGCUAUUAUUGAUAGAUUGCAGAUAUCUUGCUAGCUAAUAGUGUCCCUGUUAAUCUAGCACCCUGCUUCUAUUUCCACUCGCUUGCCAUCUGAUUGAGUUAGUAGAGGUGUCGUAUGGCAAACAUGUCCCAGGUACCUUCAGCAGCAUACUUUGAUUAUCUACAUGUAACGACUUCUAUGCAUACUGUUGUCUGGAUUGGAUCCACAUUUCUGAUACCCAUGGGCCAGAAAACAAGGCAGAUAUUGCCCACAGUAAUAACACUUGUGAUAAUAAAGCAAACACAAAAGAAAAGAUGUACAUGAAGAGCGAUGAC